AUGGAUUACACUAAAUUAUCAGGUUUGAGUCAAAAUCAUGAUGCAAGUUUCUAACGGCAGGUAACACGUGAACCAGCUCUGAUGUAUCAAUCGCCAAUCUAUUACACAAAUUCUCACAAUGAUAAAAAAUCUGUAGUUUUUGCUGGCAGCUAUUAUGUUAUGAAAGGAUAGUUGUCAAUUAACCAGCAAGUGGUAAAAUAUACCUGGAUAACAAAAAGUUUCCUAACUGUAACUCGCAUGUAGGAAGUCACAGCCCCACAAAGACUACCAUUAUAAAUUGAUGUUAAGCUACAUCGGUUCAUUUUAGGUUACACAAAGGUUCCUGGCUGCUUCAUAGAACUGAGCCUAUAGUGUAUUUUUCUAUGUAUUUUUAUCCAACUCAGAUAUAUUUUUCGUUCUUCGCUUGAUUUAUUUAGCCUCUUCAAACGCUCUUGGUCUGCUUAAUAAGGCUCGCAUUGGUAUUCAAAGUGCAACGGUACCCACGAAUAAUGAAACAAAGGGAAAAAUGUCAUUCUCUUCAAACGUUUCCUCAGUAGAACGUGAACAAAAAACACAUUCGCCGGAUGGUCCUAUUAUUAGCGGAAAAACACAGGUAAGUGAACAGCCUGGUAAAGGAACGAAUCCUGUUCUGCUGCUAUUGGGAUAUGAACUCGGAGAAAAGUCAAGUCGAAGGGUGUAUGAUGUUCUGAACAACUCUACCAAUUUCCUGGCCUCUGAUCCAGGAACAAAGAAUGAUUUAGGUCCCCAUGACGCGCUAAUUUAUGAUAAGCUGUUAGCACUGAGAGACAAUAGUAGCUCUCAUACUAAGGCCGCCCAGGAACGUAAAUCGCCCAGCAGCAGGAUUCCCACAGAAAAUAACGUCCCUGAGUCGGACUUAAAGGAGAUUGAAGGGUUAUUAGAUAAUGCAGCCUCCGUAAACGAGCGCCUCCUGCCAGGUGUUGGUAAUCAAUACAUGCAUGAAGAAAUGAAAGAAGGUAACACAGAUACAAAUACUUUGAAAUUAAACUUGGCUGCACAGAGUCUAGACUCUCAUGAGAUGAGCACUUUACAAAGCAGAGUGACGCACAGAGACGGAGUAAAAAACACAGACUCCAUCUUGCCUAUUAGCUCUGAUGACACAAAAGGUCAGCAAGCGUUUGAACACAUAGCCGUGCAUGUACAUCCUAACACUUCCGUGGUUAAUUCAACAAGCAUGGCUGAAAACUUUGUUAAACUCGAUCGUUCAGAGGGAAGCAUGCCAAUAGACUUGAUGUUUGCAGGUAACAAGCAUGGCAAUAAAAACAAUCCUGUUUUACAGGUUAGUGCACGUUAGAACCACUUCAACCACGGGUCGAAAAUAAUUCAGAAUUGCUUUAGUGUUAGUUUUCUAUGCUCUGUUAUUCAGUCUGCAAGACUCGCAUUACCUCAACAAAACACAAGAAAACUGAACUAAACCCAAUCGCUCCCUGAUCACUCGCGUUUUCUCGCCCUUAACAAAGUUUUCAUGUAUUUACUCUGUCUCUAGUGUUUCUUUAUGGAAUUCUCCGCCGUCCUGAUUAGCCGUUGCGUUUAUUUUGGUUUUGUUCUUACGACAGUCAGUCGAAAGCAGUCUUGUAAAAUGCCCCCAACUGUGUGCGACACGCAAAACAACAGUGUGGACAAAUCGUGCCUCAGGGCCCACCUUUCCUUUAGUCAUAAAGUCGUUUAUGUCAGUAGCUCUGAGAACGACAUUGUAAAACCCAUUUCAGACUCUUCCUCAGUUAAGCCCCUUUUUUCGAUCUUGGAGUUGUCCCUCACAUGCUUAUCGCAUAAAACUAUACUGAAGCACCCCCAUGCCUCCAAGGCCAGCCAUCUAUACGUUUGCUGAAGGAGUAAGCUCUUGAUUACUGAUAGAGAGAUGAAUCACUUUAUCGGUGCGCCAAUAAUUUUUUUUACCUGCCACGAUAAGUACUCCAACAUUUAAGGUGCUGCUUCUGUUUUGUUCGAACUUAAUGGUAAUGACCCCUAGAAACCAGCGAGAAACACUACGAAUAGUUGACAAAACAGGUCCUUUUUUUCUUUAACAGAUGAAUUUAUCGUUUCGCAACAAGCCUCGUGUCUCGGAAUCAUCGGGGAAACAAGUCACACUUACCAUCAACGAGCGGCCAGGAACUGGUAAAGCUAUUUUCAAGGUGAAAAACUCCCGUCAUGCUACCGGAGUGAGUUACACUACAGAGGACCGUCCGGGAGGCUUGCCCUCGCCCACUUAUCUACUCCAGACUGAAAACGAAGAGGCCCGAGCUAAGGCAGAGGAAGAGGAAGCUAAAAUCAGAGCGGCCACGAGCGCCAUUAAAAAUGUGAUUAAGUUGUUUGAUCGAGACAGCACUCAUCACAGCCAUACCAAACUUGUUCAAGAGGCCACUCAGGAUUUUCCAGCCGAUGCCAAGUCUAUGGAGGACAGUCGCGAGUUGGCGGCAGAUAUGGGUGCAAGCGAAUAUCACGCGGAAGUUGCACAUGCACAAAAUCUGGACCGCGCUCGAGCUAGCGCCGAGGCCCUUUCGCAACAAAAUGUUCCUUAUCUAAGUUCUAGUAAGACGGGUCCUGGGUCACCGCCGCCAAACUAUGCCGUUGUUAGCAUGAGCGAUUCAAAGGACUGGAAAAGUCUAGCUCACACGCUUGCCACUCAGCUGAAAAGUGUUCUAAAUCAUAUGGAGGAUAGAGAAAAAGAGAACCGUAAUGAAAAGGAGAGAAUUCAAGAAGAGAUGAUGCUUAUGGCUCAACGAAAAAUGAUGGGUAUUGGCCGAGAGGACGAUGAGGGCCCAGAUGAUGACGAUGACGACGAUGACGACGAAAUGAGCAAUAUGGAUGAAAUGGAGAAACGACGUCAUUCUGUGUCCAUUCCCCAAGAGAGAACGACGAUUAGAAACUUACCACGAAACAGCAGAUUGACUGACCAGAAAUCCUAUCAGGAAAAGCCAAGAAGAAAAUCGAAUGGACUUCAUUCAGCUCACAGAGCUGCGAAGAUAUUAUCACGACUGGAAAUACGCUAUAAAUCGAAGAGGCAGAAACGAAGGCUAACCUCAUAAAAGGGGUGGCUUAGGGAAGAAAUUACCCAUUGUUUUCUCUCUGAAAGAAACCUCGUCAAAUUUAAAAAUAUCUUGUGGUAAUACAAGGCAGAAAAAAGACAUCAUUUUUUGACCAAACCAAAAGAAAAAGGUUAAAACUAAGUCGGUAAGCCGGAUGAAGACUGAAAGCAUAUGACGAAACAUGCGUAGAUCAAAUACCGGUUAUUCCUUUCCUACUUUAAGAGUUCCUAUGCUCCAAGGAAGAGCCUUUUACUUCUGUGUCUGAAAUAUCUCUCCCUAUUCUCACCAACUUUGUACAAGUAUAGCGCCAUAGAGGCACAACUUCUUUGAUUCUCCACACCUUUUAUAAGUAGCGCCACUGAGGCACAACUCCCGUACUCUCUAUCAAAGACUAAUACAGAAAACCAACAAGGAGAUAAAAAUUCUCUUCUUGAAAGGACUUAUAACGACGACAGGUUGUUUUGUUGGUUUAAUAUUUUCCAAGUUAUAGGUCACGGUUGUUUGGGAGGCUUACUGACUUGAACUUCCAAGGCAAACCCAGCUGAUAAUGGCCAUUCACGAGUUUCACAGAACUUUCCAAAAGGUCACUUAGGAUUGACUUACAGAUCUGUAUAGAGCAACUGAUCAAGAUGUGACAUGCGAGAUGGAACAGUGAGUGGUGCGUUUCCAGUUACUUUUCUUCAUCAUAGUAUUCAAUUAAGAAGAACUUUACAACAUUCCAAUCAUCAUACCGUGUGAUCAUGUUCAUGUUUAAAAUGAAAGAAAAUAAAAGAAGAGAGACGCAGAAAUUGAAAUUGUGUUUUGAAAAAUUUGUGUGCUGUAUUUAAGCGGGUUAAAGCAACUGCCUUCUAAUACAGACAGGGUACACGUCUUUCGCAUGGAGCAGGUGAAUGAGAUCCGUCAAACCGUAAAACCUAACUUGAUAUUACGAGCCUGCUAUAGACGAGGAUAAAACAAAGAUAAAGUUAAAUGCUAUCAGUGACAAAUAAAUAAAUAUGAGCCUUCCGAUACAAGACAUCAUGUGUGAUGAUACCCAGUUCUUCUGUCUCUGCACUUCGAAGUGCUAUCAGGAAGAAAGGAAAUAUAAUUUACCAAAAUUUAUCGUCUGAUUUCUCGGUAUCGGGUGAUCAGAUCUUUAUGAACAACGGUGAAAUGUGAAAUUAUUAACGAAAUGGUCAGUGUAUUAGGGAAUGUUCCGAUGAGGAAAAAGAAAGGAAGGUAAAAAGGUUAUUUUCACCAGAAUAGACGUACUGCUUCACUCCGUGAAAUGAUCGAAAUGAAACUGCUUCCCUCUUUUGUCAAUUUAACUCAAGCAUGAAAUUACCAACCUUGGAUCGAAGGUAUAAAUAAAUGGAUAGAGGAACAAGUAAAGAAUGAAACAGAAGGGAUAAUCAACCCCACCCCCUUUUCCAUUCCUAUCCCAACUUUUCAAAGAGGAAGCAAUUGAAUUUCCAUAAGUCAUGUCUAAUUAGUAACCAUUGUUAGCCAUACUGCACCUGUGUGAGGCUGUCACGAUCCGCGCGCCGAGAACUUUGGGCAUGUCUCGCAUUUGCGUGCAAGGAGUCGAGGAAAGGAGCUGCUUACUUUUUUUAAGGUUUUCAGCUCAAGCAGGUCGUAGCCUAUUUGAAAAUUCUGACACGCAUCUAGUUUUAUUUCUUCUUGUCUCUUGUCUUUACUUCACUCUUCAACUGACACACGUUUCCUCUGGAAAUUCAAUGGGACAAAAAAACCCUUUGAUAAGCUGAAUUUCCUUGCGUGACAGUUAAGCAAUCAGUUGUACUUCCGGUCUUCUAUCUGCAAAGGACGAUGGUCUGAACAAGGAGUAAUUCCUCGCAAAUCUCCGGAAAAUCAAUUAAUGAUGGCUCGUUGUAGUUAUUUAUUCUUGAUUACUCUUAUAUUUACAAGUUUAAAGAUCUCAUCAGCGGACUCAAAGAUCUCGGAUGUUGUUUAUAAUCGUUCAAAGGAGUCCGCAGUAAGAGAUCCCAGCGUGUUUUUAGCGAUCAUAGCUCGUAACGCCGCUCAUCUUCUGCCCAAUUGGCUCGCAUACAUCGAGAAUUUGGAUUACCCGAAGAAUCGAAUGUCUGUUUGGUGAGUAUUUUUUUUUCUUGUGUUGUUUCAUGUCAGAGACUCGUACAGCUUUGAACCAUAUUCAUGAGUAACGUAAGAAAAUCAUAAUUACGUUCAAAUUGUAGCCUGCCUACAAGAGCUCAUUCAUUGUGAAUUAAGUAAGAGAUUCAAAUUAUUAAACUUCCCAUGUAAAUCUUAAAUCUGUGUCAUUGCCACUAGUUGCCCUGAAUAGUUCUUGCUUUCACAGUAACAGAGAGGUUAAUCGAACCGUGGAAAGCUUUGUGUAGUCGAAACUUGUUCUUGGCACUAUUUUGAUGUCCGACAAGCUUGUGGGAAAAUUGCCAACGUGUCAUGUCAUUUUUUGAAUUCCUUUACAUUUCGUGAGGGACUGAGUGCGAAUUUCAACUUCAUGGAGUAUUUCCUUUGAUAAUUUGAAGAUUUCUGCACAAUUUUGUUUUAUGCAUGAGUGAAAAGCAUACCUGCAAACUAAGCUUUUAAGGUUUUGAAAUUAAUGACAAUAAUUCCUUAGAGAAAAAUUUUUGUGUUUAGGCACUUUUCUGACUGACAAAAAUAAACUUCUUUUUAACCCUUCAACUCCCAAGACCUCAUUGUUAAUUAUUCUUCUUUAGAUGCAACGCAUUUUGUUGUAAAUCAAUUUAUGAGAAUUUGAUGCUAGAUCAAGAUAACAACUUCUACGUGAUAGGUUUGAGAAUUCUCAUUUCCUGUUUGCUGGAAAUUGUAAGGAUGUGAUAGCGAGAAGUUAAAUGUUAAUCACUCGUGGGAAUUGAACAGUCAAACAGUGGCUGGACUGGGCAAAGUCCUUUUUUUGGAGAAUUUGUUACUCAUAGGGUUGUCCCUGGGUAAUGGAUGGCAACAUGCUUGAACUGUGGGGUGUUGGAGUUGUGUUGAGGCCUUUGUACUGCAGGGUCUAUUCUCAAGUGUGGCCUUAGGAAAUUUUUGCAAUUUUUUUCUCUUUAAAUGCCUCAUAAAACAUUUUCCCUGGUGUUGGAUUGGGUGCAAAAAGUUGUUUUCAAGGAUAAGUACCUGUCUUUUUGGUUUUAUCCAGGAUCAGAUCAGACCAUAAUGAAGAUAAGACAUCAAAGAUACUACAAGAGUGGUCUCAAAAUGUGAAACAUUUAUACCACAGAGUUUUGGUAAAUGUGUCUGAUACACCUCAUAAGUAUGAUGAUGCAGUGGGCCCAGCAGAGUGGCCAGACAGCAGAUAUCAACAGAUGAUGUAUCUCAGACAGAAGGCUUUGGAUAGCGCAAGAAAACAGUGGGCUGACUACCUAUUUGUAAGCAUACAAGAGACAUUAAAUUUUAAUAACUUACUGCUGUAUCUGUGACAUAACUUGCAUUAAAACCAGGCUUGUAAACUAUACCAAGUUGGCUAUUACUGGUACAUUGUUACAUGGCCUAACCAUCUACAAAACAAUUGUCUUCUUAGAUAUGUACUCACCAGCUUCUCCUGAAAGAGAUAGAAGAAUCCUGUUGAAGUACUCUUAAGAAAUAUCAAGAAGCAAUAAAUGCAUGUUUCUUUGGCAAUCCUUUGAAUUGUUUUCUCAUAAUUUUUUUUUUGUGUUAUUUUUGGAAAGAUAAGAUGGUGGAUAUCUUUUUUAUAUCUUUUUUUGCAGACUCCAUUUCAUCUGAAACACUUUGUUCAAUGCUAAACAUGGAUAAAUGCUAUAAUAUUUGUCAUACUAAUGAAUGUUCCUUGUGUUUUUUAGUUUGUAGAUUGUGACAACUUCUUAAUGAAUCCUAAAACAUUGAGACUUCUCAUGGAAGAAAAAAGGUAAGAUGUAAAAAAAGUUGUGAAUAAAUAAUGCUGUGUAAAUUGAUGAAGCCAAGUUUUCAACACUUCCAUCCCUCUGAAACUGACCUUGUUAUAAGAGUUUUGUUUAACUAUAUUUGCUUGUUGAAGAAACUUAAAAUAUGAAAUAUAUUUUAGUUCAUACUUGAAGAGGAUUCACAGUGCCAAGGGGGCCCUAUUACUGGUAUCUGGAAAAAGGAUAUUUGGGUGAAAAAUUGUAAGGAUAUGGGAUACCUGAGGAUAUAUUAUUUUAUAUUAUGAAUACUUACUGAAUUCAUGUUUGAGAUGAGUGCAUCAUGUUUGAUACAAGAACACUUUGAUCAUUGUAUUACAGUAACUGUAAAAAAAAAAUUAUACAUCUUAUCCAUUGCAGAGUAAAGAAAAACAAUGAUACAACACUAUAAUUGUUUCUGGAAGAAUGACUGUUCUUUCUCACACAUUCUUCAGGCACAAGGGAAAAACUACCAUUUUCUUAGUGUGUAUACCCUAAUCAUAGGAGAGGUGAAUGUGAACUGUGCUAAAUACAUUUUUUACAGGUUUAUUUUCUAGUAACAGUUGCUGGCAGAAGGUUGAAAUUCAUUUCAGAUCAAGACAGAUAGUAAUAUGUUCUGUCUAAUUAAAAAAGUCCUGGCUUCAGAAAAAGAAGCCAAUGAAAACCCAUAGCUGCAAGGGCUUGUCAAGAACACCACUAAGGAAUGACCUUAAAAUGAAAGGUCAUUUUUUUUUUGGUUACUCAUUCCUCAUCAAUGGCUUCCACCUUAGCUAGCUUACCUAUCCCUUCUGUUUCUUGUCUUUUAUAUUCAUGGAGAUACAAAAGUAGUCAUUGAUGUAAUACCUUUGAAAAUUGUUUCUUUCAAAGGACUGUUAUUACUCCAAUGAUUGAAGUUUUUGGAGGAAAGGCUGCAUAUUCUAACUUCUGGGGUGGAAUGGAUGAAGAUGUAAGUCACAAAGAGAGAGAAGCACAUGCACAUGUUUGCAUAUGUUUUUUUUUGCUGUUAUUUUCUUGAUGUUUAAGCUCGUCUUCCCUGAGGAAAUGAGAUUCUAUGAUUGUGCAUGUUGAAUCUAUCUCCUUUCACUAAGUUUACGCAAUGAAAACUUUAUUCAAGCAACAGUGAACCACCACUAAGCCAUGUAGUAUUUUCCUAGAUGAUUUGAAACUUUUUCAAGGGCUUUCUCCAUACACACACACACACCCCCCCAAAAAAUGAUAAAUAAAAAGACCAAAAAAAAAAACCAACAACAACAAUAACAAAAAAACCCACACACAUGCACAAAGAGCACUAUCUGAUAAUGUUAUUUUUACCCCUGGUCAGCCAAAUUGAAAUAUUUUUUUUUAAUCUAUGUGCAAUAAUGAGUCUAAAUGCAGGUGUAUGUACCAGAUGUGAGUGAAUGUACCUAACUCUUAAUAAUGAUUUAAUAUUGUAGGGAUACUAUGCUAGGUCUGACAACUACUUCCCAAUGCUUCAACGAGAAGAAAAGGGUUGCUUUGAAGUGCCAAUGAUUCACUCCACCAUGCUGAUAGAUUUAAGGAAGACUAUAAGUGAUCAGUUGAGGUAUAACCCCCCUUUACCAAGUUACCAUGGGGAAGAAGAUGAUAUUCUUGUGUUUGCACAUUCAGCGAGGGAAGCAGGUUAGCAAUGGUAUACAUUAUCAUAUAUCACCAUGGUAUAAAGCAUAUAUUUUCCUUUUACCUUCUAACCCCAAAGGAUUACCAAGGCUGUUUUUAAGAGCUGGCAGCUCACCAGAUACCAUUUGAAAGCCAGAAAACUUUGUUACUGGUAUAUUACCUGCAAGGUUUUAUACUACUUCAGUCAUCAAUUAAUGUAGCAGCAUGAGUAUUCUGCAAAGUUAUAUAAGAAUAUUCCCCACAUCUAAAAUUAACCCUUUACUCCCGAACAUCAGUGUACAUAUUCUCCUCACUGUUUUCCAUACAUUUUCCAUGAUAAUGACAAGGAGAAUCUUUCAUGGUCAAGAACUUCUUAAGCUGGUAAUCAUAUCCUUUCAUCUCAUGAUGAUGUAUGAUUCAGUGGUGAUAUUGUAAAGAGAAAUAAGAUGAUAGACACUCUGAACAGGCUUUAAGAAUUUUGCUAGAGAAACUUGUUGUCUUUGCUGGAGACUUCUCUGAUCUCUGAUGCUAGAUCAACACCUUGAAGAUUUGUUCAAGAAGACAAUGUUCAAUGAACCUAAUAUUCACAACCAUCUAUAAAUCACCACCUUCUACCUACCUUCAAAGUUUGUGAUAAUGGUAAGGUUGUUUGUGAAAGUGAUUGCCACUUUUGAAUGAUUACAGUAUUCUCCCUUGUUUUAUGCACAAUGGGUAUAAAAGCAAUUUUUCAACCUCUAGAGCAAUAUAUCCUUUUACCUGUUGAAUUCUCAAGAAUUCCAAGCAAUUUUAGGCAGUAACAAGAGGUAUUAUAGGCAGUUAAUUUGAGUGGUUACGGUCUGAAAAGGAGAAUACUGUAGUUUGAUGUCCCAUCAAAUGUAAAAUAUGUAGGUUUUUUUAGUGGUCUUAAUUGUUAACUUUUUUCAUAAGUGUUUUUUUUUUAUUAUAUUCACAGGAAUAAAGUUGAACCUCUUAAAUAAAGAGGUGUAUGGCUACAUGUUAAGCCCUUCAAACGGCAAUAGCACUUUGGAAGACAUGAAGGUUCAUUUUACUCAUGUGAAGCUUGAGUGGUUUGGUAUGUAAUUUGUUACAUAUUCUAAUACACAGUAUUACUUGCUAUAUAACUAAGGCAUUUUGCAGUUUGAUUCAUGUUGUGGGUUGGUGAGUGCGCAGGAGACUCAAGUGGUAACUCCUUCCAGGGCAAAGUGUAAAUGGUCUCAUUUUUUUUGUAGUUGAUCAUCCAGAGGAAUUGAUGCCUGUUAGUUCACACAUUACUGUUGAAUACACCCCUCCUGGAAAGCUGGGUUUUGAUGAGGUACAGUACAAAACAUUACAGACCAAAUUGGGAUUGUAUGCUUAAUUCACUCCUAAGAUCUGCUUGUUCAUUCUCCUCUCUAAAUGCUGCCUAUUUCUUCAUGAAUUAAUUUGCUUUUAGACUAAGAUAACUUCUACCAGAUAAGUUUGAGUAUUCUCAUUACCUGUUUGCUGGAUAACGUAUGUGUAUUAAUAACUUCUGGGAGUUAAGGGGUUGAACAACAAAAUUAAGCCCUAUUUUGAAGACAGUGUCCUAGAACUUCUAUUUGACAUAAUUGAUGCAUAUAUUCCAACAAAAUGUGAAAUCUAGUGGGUGAAUUAAUUACCAUCUUUUUUCCCUAAAGAUCUAUCUCAUCAAUCUUAAAAGGAGGCCUGUACGUCGAAAAAGGAUGCUUGCAUCUCUCAAAGAGCUGGGAAUUAAAGUGAAGAUGUUUGAUGCAGUUGAUGGCAAGUAUGUACUCCUUUUUAGGAUAUUGCUCUGAUAAAUCUUUCUAAUCCACUUAAAAUAAAGGUGGUUACAUCAAAGAAGGAUGCAAAAUUCAAUUCCAUUCCCAUGUUUUUGUGAUCAAUUAAUUAAUUGAUUAAUUUUUUUGUAAUUAAAGAAAUUGUAAGGCCUUGGGUUUUGAAAGAUUUUAAAUUUCUACACUUUGUUUUUAACAGAUCAUACUACAAAUUACUUAAUUAAGGACGACAGACUGGAAAAAUAAAUAGUCCAAUUUCUCAUGUCCAGUGAACUGCUGCCUACAAUUUGUUUUCUUUCAAUUAUCCUGUGGCAUGGUUCAAAGUUGUUGACAAUGUAUUUAGAACUUUUGUUUGUCUGUUUGGUUUUUGCCUUUUUUGUCAUUAUCACCUUUUUCCAUUUUGCCAGGUCAUUAACUGACCAGCAGGUUAAAGACAUGGGGAUAAAGAUGUUACCAGGUUACAAAGAUCCAUAUGGAAAAAGGUGAAUCAGGGCGUCUUCGCUAACUUCAGUUCCCCGUAUAACUGAGCUGAAAUCAAAAGAAAAAUGAUUGGUCAGCAGUUGAUAAUGUUUCCCUAUUUAUAUAGUUUUCCUAUCAAUAAUUGAGCAUGUGAAACGUUACUCUCUGUCAAAACAAAACCAUAAACUAACGCACAUAGAAAUUGUUCCUAUCCGGUCCAUUCGUUGACAGCAUGGGGGAGAGACGGUCCGGUGAGUUCUUUUCACCAAUGUCAGUGCGAGCCUCUCCUUCACGAUGCGUGAGUACGAGACAGCCGAUCCCCUCGAAGCAGUCUGCUAUUAAAAUCAGCAGUAAAAAAACGCGUUUUGCUGGGUGAAAGGGAAGGAAUAUGGUACAUCGAAUACCUGCCACCAUGUUCAUGAGUUUGAGGUGGAAGAAUAUCACCCUGAGGGAGUGAUAUGACGUUCCGCCGAAGGCCUGUUAAUAGGGACCUUAAGCAGUCAGGACGGCAACGCCGAGGAAGACCUCGAUUAAAAAAUGAAUUUCUGCCUUUAAUUAGAAUUUAAAAAAUGACUGCAUGUGUUUACCGUCUCAUAUGGCGCCACACCUCAACUUCAGCAUAACGUAUAAAAGAAGAGCUGCGUUCCAAUGGAAAUUAAAACAAUUUGCCGUCGCGGUUUCGAUGCGCAGACGACGCAAAUUGUGAUUUCACGUUGUUUUGCAUAGGACGGCUAAGAAAUGUACAAAGUUUUAAAACGCACGAGCUGAGCUAUUGUUCUGCCAAUUAGAUCUUUUGUUUUUCCAUGCCCUCGUUGCCGUCCCCAUCGUGGUUUGCUUAAGGUCCCUAAUAUCAUUCGAGGUCUCCAAUUACUGAAGGUCAUCAGUUCAUUCAUUCCCACCUGUUCGACAUAAGAAAAUAAGUAGAGUCAGUGGGAAUCCUGAUUGUUCUCCUCUGUCCCCUUAUUUUUUCUUGGUAUUAUGGUUACAAUCAUUCACAGUAAUUUUUACGCGGCGAUCAUUUUUGUCCCUUAGGCCGCUUACCAUGGGAGAAAUCGGAUGCUUCUUGAGUCAUUACCUUAUUUGGGAGGAGGUAAGUUACUUGUAGAGGGAAGCAUCCCAAAAGUAUAAACGCUUCGAAAUUCUACCUUCUUUCGCUUUGCGCAAGUUUCAUGGUCACUUAGACAACACGGGCUCGAUCCAGGCAGAGCAAGAAAAUGGAUAAGGACAAAAUUUAUAAUAAAGUUAAAAUGUGUAUUCUUAGAGAAAGACGUUUUUUUCGUCUUUUCACGAGAAUGGGAGCGAGGAAAAAUCUGAAUCUCAGGGAGGAACCGAACUUCAGAUUCUCGGAUUCUACGUACUGAUACUUUUACCACAGAGCUAAAGAAAAUUCCGUGGUGAGUUGAGCCAUUCCUACCGUGCAACUGUAACUGAAAGGUCUGGUUAUGAGAUUAUUAGGCCAUCAUGAGGCCAUUGUGAGGAUUUCAUGUGAUUCUUAUCCUGCAUACUGCUAGGAUAAGCUUUGUCGAAAGCGUCGCGUUAGUGGCUAGAAUGAGAAAGAUGGUUAAUAUUGAGCUCAAUAGUGAAGUAAAGAAAGCUGUAUUACUUUUUCGUCUCGUCGGCGCGUGCGACAUGAAGUUAACACGUGUGACUUUUGUGCUUUUUGUUUAUCCAAUGUUUGUCAUAGUUUUUACUAAAUGUUAACAGGAUAAAGAAUUGUUAAAUUCUGUCUGCAACAAGAUUCUUAAUUAACGAAAUCGAAUCGGGCUUCUUGUUUCCGGUUGUCCUACAAGGUAAAUUAAUUCGUUCCGUAUGAUUACAGACCUCGUUGGACUCCAAUUGGUGUUAUUACUGUUGCUACUUGCGUUCAUAUGCUGUCAACUUUUGUUCGUUGUCCUUUCAUUAGUCUCGUGCGAAAACUACCGCCACCGUUUGUAAUAAUGUUCCCUUUUUAAUCCUCAGAUGAUCAAUAAUGGCUUGGAUAAAGUUUUGGUGUUAGAAGAUGAUGUUCGGUUUGAACCCGAUUUUCGAAAUCAGCUACAACAUCUACUUCAAGAGGCAAACGCCCUUUCAAGCGAGUAUCCAUGGGAACUAAUGUGAGUGUAAACUUUCCGAGUGUUUUCACUCAAUUCCCAAGAAGGUAGAAGGUAGAAACAAUCUUGGUAGAAGUGGGAAGGAGGUCUACAUCAUUAUGUAGUUAGUCCUUUUCAGGGGUUAAAGAGUCAAGUAACUCAAGCGCCUUUGCUGGCUUGGCAAAGCUGACGGAUCGUAAGCCUUCGUAGGAUCAUUUGCUAACAAUGUUGCCUUUUCUCACUCAGUUAUAUAGGGCGCAAGCGAUUCCACAGUAAUCCUGUUACAAUGGUUCCAGGGGCCUCGGCUAUAGCUUGGGCUGAAUAUACCUAUUGGACGCUGGGGUAUGCCAUCUCCUUACGAGGCGCCCGGAAACUUGUGUCUGCGAAACCGCUGGAGAAAAUGGUCGCCGUGGACGAGUUUUUACCCAUUAUGUUUAACAAACAUUUAAAGUAAGUACGAUGGUAUAGGCGCCACUUUUGGACGUAAUGUGGUCAAUUCAUUCCUGCAAUGUAUCACUGCCAACAUGGCCUCCCCUCUCAACCCAAGAUACCACAUAUUUUUGGGUAGAAAGGUCAAUAAAUAGGACAUUUUCAGAAGCAGACCAACUUGGUGAUGAAAAUCUUACAAUUUGAAUUUUGGUCGGAGUAAUAGUAAAUACACUCACAUUAUUUUUAGAAAAACGACGUGAUUUACACUAUGGGAUUAGACCUAGAGAAAAUCCAAACCUUCCCUUCUCAGUAAACACUCAAACGACGGUUUAUGGGGACCUUCUAGCAAAUGAUGGAUUUUUGAAGAAAGUAGGCUUCAAAAAUUACAUUUCCUAUUUCAUUUCUUGUCGUUUCCUCACGCCCUAGUUAUCUUCCUUUGUCUACCUUCAAUUGAAUUUUAUUUAUUUUUCGCCUUUAAUUUCUUCUGCAGUCCGGAGUGGGCCAAUCACUUUUAUCCCCGUAACCUUGUUGCCAUGACAGCAGAGCCCUUACUUCUGUACCCGACUCAUUACGUAGGAGAUGAAGGAUACUUCAGUGAUACGGAAACCACAGGCUUGAUUCCACCGGAGCUUCAACAAACCGACACGCUUAAAGGAAAAGUUGAACUUUGAUAUUAACUGUAAAUAAACAUAUUUGAGUAAAAUUCCUCCCAAGAAAUGAAGAAAAAAAAAGAAGAGUAAUACUUUGAAUGUUAACUUGAAGUAUAAUUUUUAAGCAAGGGUUAUAUGUUUACGUAUAAUUUACGUUCAAAGAGUAAUGCAAGGUUUUGAUGGUGUUCUGUCGCCUUAAGGACGAAGCUAGUUCAUUGCCGGUGUUAUGUUAUGUUGUAAUUUUCAACUCAGCGUAGCAUACUAGAAACGAUCGUCGCUUUCGGGUAUGGUUUUGCGUUAAAUAGUUGAUUUGGUGCCAGUAACGCGAUUCCAGAAUCACUUUUCACACUUUGUUAUGAAGUUCAAGAGGAAGGUCAAUGCUUACAGAAUGUAUCAAGAUUAUUGAAAGAAAUUCGUGAUUCUAUAGCUAUUUUCAUGCCCCAAAUCGAGCUCCUGUCAUAGUUUGCAGUGUUUUCCGCACAGAAAAAAUUAAAUAUCUAGAGAAAUAUCUGAG